AUGUCCGACAUCACCCCCAUCCUCUCCGACAAAGCCUGCGCUUACCCCGCUGGGCUCUUCCACCACGCCAAAGUAUUCAACAACGUGGUCUAUACGACCGGGCAGAUCGGCGCAGACGUCGCCGGCACGCUCGUCGGCGAAGACAUUGCGUCGCAGACGAAGCAGGUCUUGAGGAACCUAUCCGCCAUCCUCGAAGCUGCCGGUAGUUCGUUGGAGCGCGUUGUCAAGGUGAACAUCUACAUGGUGGAUCAGUCCGAAUACGCCGGUAUGAACGAGGUGUAUAAAGCUAUGAUGCCGGAUCCGAAGCCACCGAGAGCCUGCGUGUUUGUCAACGGACUGCCUGCCGGUGCAAGCGUCGAGAUGGAAAUGGUAGCUGCAGUGAAAUAG